GGGGGGGUCUCCUCCCCACGUCACAAGGCAGCGUCACGUCUCCCCACCCCGCGCUAAGAUGGCGAGGCGAGGUCCGCUCUGCCGAACAGCGGCGGCGGCAGUGGCAGUGACAUCGCAGCGCGGCGCCGUGAGCAGAGCUUAGAGCUCAGCCAGCCAGCCAGCAUCGCUCGCAACCACCACCACCACCACAACCAAGCAGCACCACCACCACAACCAAGCAGCACCACCACCACCACCCACACACUCGCGACGCCGGCGCGUGGCCACGAGCGCACGCAGCCUCCGCCCAGCCCGGGUUGGUGUCGAGAUGUCGCUCCUGUGCGUGAGAGUAAAGAAAGCAAAGCUUUCGGGACCACCAGAGAAAUUUAAUACGUACGUGACACUCAAAGUGCAAAAUGUGAAAAGCACGACCAUUGCAGUCCGUGGAAAUCAGCCCUGCUGGGAGCAAGACUUCAUGUUUGAGAUCAACCGUUUGGAUCUUGGCCUCAUCGUGGAGGUAUGGGACAAAGGACUCAUCUGGGACACGAUGGUUGGCACCUCGUGGAUUCCUCUCAAUGACAUCCAGCACUCGAACGAGGAGGGCCCAGGAGAAUGGCAAACCCUCGACGCCGAAGUCCUCAUGAAGGAAGAUGAAAUAUGUGGCACCAAGACCCCCACGCCGCACCAGGUCCUGCUCGACUCGCGCUUCGAGCUGCCCUUUGACAUCCCAGAGGAGGAGGCAAAGUACUGGACCACGAAGCUCGAGCAACUCAACGUCCUGCAGGAUCACGACGAGUACAACUUCCAAGAGGCAGUGGAGAAGAAGCCCCUUCCGACCACAAAUAUGCAGUGUUGCAACUGGACCUAUUUCGGAUGGGGUGACCAACAAACGCUGGACGACCCGGACAGCGCGGUGGACGACCGCGACAGCGACUACCGGAGCGAGACGAGCAACAGCGUCCCCCCGCAGUACCACAGCACGUCGCAGCCCAACGCGUCGGCGCACCAGUACCCGGCGCACCAGCGCGGCCGCCAGGUGGCGCACACGCCCACGUCGCCCCUCGACACCCGCGCCGACGGGGGAUACUCGGACCACCGCGAACUCAGCCCUGGUGGCAGCCGAAGCUACGGCUCUUCGGCAAACCUGAGCCAGGCGAGUUCCGAGCAGCUGAGCGAGCUGGAUCAGGAUGAGCUGGAGGAGGACGAGGCUGGGCUCGACUGCCACUCGUUCCGCAGCUCCAGCAGCUUCCCGCGGGGCACUUCCGCUUACCGCAAGGUGCUCACCGAGCAGGACUCGCGGGGUGCGUACAGCGACCGAGAGGAGUACCACCACCAGCGGGGUGGGGAGUAUCACGGCUCCGACGACACGCAGCCCAUCAGUGAGGAGGCCACUUCGCCCGGGACCCUCCGCCACGAAGCCAAGCCGGAGGCCCGCGAGGCUCUCCACAAUGACGAGGGCCUGCCGAACAUCGUUCGGCCCACCGACAGGUUCGUGUCCGACGAGGGGCCAAGCCCCUUCACCCCGGCGCGCGCGCGCUGGAUACGUGCCAUCCACAAGGUCCAGAUGCAGAUCCGCGAGGCCCGGAUGGCUGAUGGAAGCGGAGACCUUCAGAAGCCUGGUUGGUUCAAGGGAACAGCAGGGCCAGAUGGCGGGCUGUAUGGUAUCGACAGCAUGCCCGACUUGCGCAAGAAAAAGCCCAUUCCCCUUGUUAGCGAUUUGUCCAUUGCAGCCAUGCAGAGGAAAGCAGGCCUGGCCUCGGCGUUGGCCUACAGGGCUUCUCUCAACGAUGAGGACUUGAAGGCGCAUGUCUACAAAAAGGCAUUGCAAGCCCUCAUCUAUCCCAUCUCCUGCACCACUCCGCACAACUUCGAAGUGUGGACGGCCACCACCCCCACCUACUGCUACGAGUGCGAAGGCCUACUGUGGGGCAUCGCACGCCAGGGCAUGAAGUGCAAGGAAUGUGGGGUCAAAUGCCACGAAAAGUGCCAGGAUCUCCUCAAUGCAGACUGCUUGCAACGCGCCGCUGAAAAGAGCUCGAAGCACGGGGCAGAGGACCGCACGCAGAACAUUAUCAUGGCCAUGAAGGAUCGCAUGAAGAUCCGCGAGAGGAACAAACCUGAGAUCUUUGAGCUGAUCCGAGAGGUGUUUUCGGUGGCCAAGCAGGCCCACGCCCAGCACACCAAGUCCGUCAAGCAGAGCGUGCUGGACGGCACUUCCAAGUGGUCUGCAAAGCUCACAAUCACUGUCGUGAGUGCACAGGGUUUACAAGCCAAAGACAAGACAGGUUCCAGCGAUCCGUACGUCACGGUGCAAGUUGGAAAAACGAAGAAACGGACGAAAACCAUCUAUGGCAACUUGAACCCUGUGUGGGAUGAGAAAUUUCAUUUCGAGUGCCACAACUCGUCGGACCGAAUCAAGGUGCGCGUGUGGGACGAGGACGAUGACAUCAAGUCGCGCGUCAAACAGCGGCUCAAGCGGGAGUCGGAUGACUUCCUGGGUCAGACGAUCAUCGAGGUCCGCACGCUGAGCGGCGAGAUGGAUGUCUGGUACAACCUCGAGAAACGCACGGACAAGUCGGCGGUGUCGGGCGCCAUCCGCCUGCGCAUCAGCGUGGAGAUCAAAGGAGAGGAGAAGGUGGCGCCGUACCACGUGCAGUAUACCUGCCUGCACGAGAAUCUCUUCCACUACCUGACCGACAUACAAAACAACGGCGUGGUGAGGAUUCCGGACGCCAAGGGCGACGAGGCGUGGAAGGUUUACUUUGACGAGACGGCGCAGGAGAUCGUGGAUGAGUUUGCCAUGCGCUACGGCAUUGAGUCCAUCUACCAGGCGAUGACGCAUUUCUCCUGCCUGUCGUCUAAGUACAUGUGCCCGGGAGUCCCUGCGGUGAUGAGCACCCUGCUGGCCAACAUCAACGCCUACUACGCGCACACCACAGCCUCCACAAAUGUCUCGGCCUCCGACCGCUUUGCUGCCUCGAACUUUGGUAAAGAGAGGUUUGUGCGGCUCUUGGACCAGCUGCACAACUCGCUGCGGAUCGACCUGUCCAUGUACCGGAACAACUUCCCUGCCAGUAACCCUGAAAGACUGCAGGACCUGAAGUCAACAGUGGACCUUUUGACCAGCAUUACCUUCUUCAGGAUGAAGGUACAGGAGCUGCAGAGCCCCCCACGUGCCAGCAUGGUUGUCAAAGACUGCGUCAAGGCCUGCCUCAACUCCACCUACGAGUACAUCUUCGCUAAUUGCCAUGAGCUUUAUAGCCGGGAAUACCAACCCGCUGAUCCGAGUAAGAAGCAGGAUAUUCCUGCCGAUGAACAAGGGCCAAGCAUCAAAAACCUGGACUUCUGGCCCAAGCUAAUCACCCUCAUCGUGUCGAUCAUCGAAGAGGACAAGAACUCCUACACGCCUGUCCUUAACCAGUUCCCUCAAGAGCUCAAUGUGGGCAAGAUCAGUGCAGAGGUUAUGUGGAUAGCCUUCGCUCAGGACAUGAAGUAUGCCCUUGAAGAGCACAGCAAGAACGGGCAGUGCAAGAGUGCCGACUACAUGAACCUGCACUUCAAGGUGAAAUGGCUCUACAACGAGUAUGUGCGGGACCUGCCGGCCAUCAAGGGAGAGGUCCCCGAAUACCCAGUGUGGUUCGAGCCGUUUGUGCUGCAGUGGCUGAACGAGAACGAGGACGUGUCCCUGGAGUUCCUGCACGGCGCCCUGGAGCGUGACAAGAAGGACGGCUUCCAGCAGACAUCAGAGCAUGCCCUCUUCUCGUGUUCGGUGGUAGAUGUGUUCACGCAGCUCAACCAGAGCUUUGAGAUCAUCAAGAAGUUGGAAUGCCCUGACCCCAAGAUCGUGGGGCACUACAUGCGCCGCUUUGCAAGGACUAUCGGGAAGGUGCUGCUACAGUAUGCUGAUAUCAUAUCCAAGGAUUUUCAGUCCUACUGCUCCAAAGAAAAAGUGCCAUGCAUCCUGAUGAACAACAUCCAGCAGCUGAGAGUGCAGCUGGAGAAGAUGUUUGAAGCCAUGGGUGGCAAGGAGUUGGACUCGGAAGCCAGCGACAACCUGAAGGAGCUGCAGGUGAAACUCAACAACGUCCUGGAUGAGCUGAGCCGCGUGUUUGGCAUCAGCUUCAUGCCGCAUAUCGAGGUGAGUGUCAAGGCAAUGGGAGAGUUGCUGAGCCAGGUGAAGGGACCCGGCAACAUGCUGUCGAGUGCUCGCAACACGGCUGCUCAGGAUGCCGACAUCAUGCUGCGGCCCCUCAUGGACCUGCUGGAUGGAAACCUGACCCUGUUUGCCAAGGUGUGCGAGAAAACGGUGCUCAAACGUGUGCUGAAAGAGCUGUGGAAGAUUGUGAUGAACACCAUGGAGAAGCUCAUCGUGCUGCCCCCUCUCACCGACCAGACGGGAACACAACUUAUUUUCAAUGCCGCAAAAGAACUUGGGCAGUUUUCAAAACUCAAGGAGCACAUGGUGAGCACCGAGACGAAGAGCCUCACGCCCAAGCAGUGCGCGGUAAUGGACGUCGCGCUCGAUACAAUCAAGCAAUACUUCUACGCUGGUGGGAAUGGCCUAAAGAAGGCUUUUCUUGAGAAGAGCCCUGAUUUGGCGUCGCUCCACUACGCCCUGUCGCUGUACACGCAGACCACCGACACUCUCAUCAAGACCUUCAUACAGUCGCAGAUGUCGCAAGGGGCUGGUGUCGAUGACCCGGUUGGGGAGAUUUCCAUCCAGGUUGACCUCUUCACUCACCCUGGCACAGGCGAGCACAAGGUCACUGUGAAAGUGGUCGCAGCCAACGACCUCAAGUGGCAAACCACGGGGAUGUUCCGGCCCUUUGUGGAGAUCAACAUCAUUGGGCCACACCUCAGCGACAAGAAGAGGAGAUUCGCCACCAAAUCCAAGAGCAAUAACUGGGCUCCCAAGUACAAUGAGACAUUCCACUUUAUUCUGGGCAAUGAGGAUGGGCCCGACUCGUACGAGCUGCACAUGUGCGUGAAGGACUACUGCUUCGCUCGGGAAGACCGCGUGCUGGGCAUGUCGGUGCUGCAGCUGCGUGAAAUCCAGGAGAAGGGCAGCUGUGCUUGCUGGUGCCCACUAGGUCGCAGCCUCAACAUGGACGAGACAGGCCUUACUAUCCUGCGCAUUCUUUCACAGCGCACCAACGACGAAGUGGCUCGCGAAUUCGUCAAGCUCAAGUCAGAGUCGCGCUCUAACGAGGAGCCCCAGUGAAACCAACCGCUCCCCGUUUGAGUCCUAGAACUGCCUGAACAGACCACCAGAGUAAUCCUGUCUCUAUUUUACAAGUUUCUCAGUCUAAUGACAAUUGCCUUGGUCACUCCACUGAAGGGGAGAUGUGGCAAGGUGAUCUUGCACUUAAUAGCGAGGAAAAACGUGAAACUUUGUAAAUUUUAACGUCGGUUGAAAUCUUAACGUCGGUUUGAUUUGUGUGUCCCGUUGAUGAUCGACACGCGGCAAAGAUGCCAAGCCGAAAAUAUGAAGUCACGGCAACAGAAAAAAAAAAAGAACAGCGCAGUAUAUUCUCAAUCAAAAUUUAUUCCUAAGUAAGAAAGUGCCAUGGUUCUGUCCCGUUGUCUCUCAGGUGCACGUGUGUGAGUGAAGUUGUACACAGCCCUGACAAAUCCGGUGACAGACGCUACAGUGGCUUGGAGAAAAGGCACAAAUAGAAAGGGCAGUUGUGCCCAGGUGAACUGAGGUCCACCACAGCAAACAGAGUGUGGGGGUCUAAACGAUAAUGUAGUGUCUUUGAACAACGGGAAUUCAUACCAAAAUAAAGUAUUUUACAUUAGCUUGAACAUUUCAUCAGGCACCUAGCAUAUCCUCCUACAAUGUUUUUUUGCACACGCAAAACUUUUAUUCAGAUUGCUGUGAAGCACAGUUUUAUUUUUGUAGAUCUGAAAGUAGCACAGUAUUAGAAUGUUACAAUGACACUGCAUUUUACGUUCCUCACCUCUUUCUCUCUUUUGUUUUUAACAAGUCGAGGGUCCCUUCCCGUCCUUGAGGGAAACCUCACAGCGUGGUCAGACUGUGCCGGGCCAAUCAGCGUCGUAUGAUUGUCUUUCCAGGACACACUUGAAGAGUGACUGCAGUAAUUUUUAUGUCGUUUCCCCGUGCGGAGGUUUACAUGCAGGUUGACCCCCAUACCCCCCUCGUGACAUCGCGUUGUCGCCCCCCCCCCCCCCCCCCCAGGUGUUUGGUGUGGCACGUGCUGUUUUUGUGUGUGGCAUUUUUCCCAUUUGCAAAAUGGCUUGGCGUGGAACAAACACCUUUGUGCUUGAGUGACCAUUACGGAGGGUUUGUUAAGUCGUACUGAGGCCACUUUGCAAUAGCUCCUCAAAAGGACUUAAACAAGGUAAUGCUCUUAACCUGGGUGCAUAAAAACACCGGACCAAAUGUCGGUUGAAAGUCUUUCCUUUUGAGGUAAUGGAUUCUGUGAAAAACAGCCAAAAUAGAAUGUAUGUUGUGCACUUGUACAAUGCUUUUUUACGUGUCGCAGAGGCCAAUGCAGGUUUAACAUCGAAUCAUGUGUGCAUUCCUUGUGUGCUGCAGUGUAUGGAAGCCACAGUGUGUGCAUGUGUUUUAUCUAAGCCAUCCAGUCAUAGAUUACACUUUUUAAAAAACUCUACGUGACCAAUUUAACAGAUAAUGUGUAUAUAUAUCUAACAAACAUAUUUUUUUUUGGAUAAUCCAGCUGAAAAUGCCAAUUUUUUCAAACAUGACCUUGAUAGUUUUUUGUUGUGACGAUUCACUAUUGAGUAGAAUGAAGAGGUACACUGCAACGAAACUCACCGAGGUUUGUCUUGGUGGUAUUGCCAGACUCGGAUCACAGUCCACACCGGAAGCAGCUAACGGAUUGGUGAUGGGUACAGGGGAAGUAGCUCGGACUGGAAGUGUACAUCAGUGCUGUUUUGUAACUCGUGGCCAAAUAAGAGCAUAUGUAAAUUAAACAUCAAGAACACGUGAUACACAACGUGAUUAAAACCACUCAACAAUUAGAUUAAUUUUCAUUGAUUUAAAAAGUCGCCAUUCCUAAGGCAUAUGAAGUAACCUACAACUUGCUGCAUGAUAAUAUGGCGAUAAGCGUUUUAAUAAUUACAAUUAUCCUUACCUCCGAUAUUCAAAUCAGGGUACAUUUUAAACCUGUUUGUGGAAUCACGUGUGUUAUCAAACUGUAAGUUCCAGCUUUGUUGUGCACAGGUAAACCCCUAGAUGAUUUCCCAUAAUCUCCCAGUCGUUUUUAUUACUCUGUACUCAACCAUGUCUUUGCAUAUUUGUAUCUCAUACUGCUGUGCAGCAUGGCUAUUUACAUUUAUCACUGCAUCAUGAUGCCUCAUCUUUAAGUUGCAUUGCUAUUUCAGUUGAUAUCACUUGGUGUAGCAACUAAUUCAGAACCAGUUUAAUAUUUUUCGCACUUUCCAACUCAAUGGAGCAGUGGCUCAAUUUUGGUUGUAAUUAUGCUGGUUUUGAUUUUAGCACUUAUUUGCUCUUUAAUGUCUUUUUUGUGCACACAGUGUACAUAUUAUUUAAUCUAACACUAACCUUCGACUGAGAUGCAAUAUACAAGCCACUCUGCAUGUUUUGAGUGACUCCGUUAGCUAUAUAUUUGAUUAUUUCUCUAAAAAUCGUACAUUUUCACGAUCAUUUUUCAAAUGUCAUUCCUGGAUGUUACUGUCACAACAUUUAGGUCAUACCCUCAUUCAGACAUUCCAGAUGUUUUCUUUUGAAGAAUUGAUAUCAAUGUCCAUCUGUUUUCAAAUGAAUACGAUAUUCACGAGCAUUUUAUUUUCAUCGGGGAGCACAAUGCAUAGAACAUGUUGCAUAUCCACAAUCUGACUCCCUUGGUCUCAUCUGUAUGAAUUGCCUGCUUUGUGAUUUGCAUAAACCUAACUGCUUCUACAAUACCCUACGUUCCACAUUCUAUUUUACCUUUUUAAAAAAACAUACUUUUAUACAUUUUUGUAUGUUGAACUUCUUUUGCACCGUGCGUAGGAAGUCCCCGCCAGGUUUAGGAAAUGUUUACAGCUGGAACGUAAAUUAAAUAUCAAAUACGGUCAUUGUGAUUAUUGCUAAUGAUAACAACGCUGAUCUUAUCCUUUCUAUUGAAGUUCCCUUUCAUAAAUGCCAUUACCAGAGAUAGUUGUAUUCGCUUAAUAUGCACCAAAAUCACAGAGUACAAGGCAGAUCGUUCACAAGUUUGUUGUCAUGGGUUUAGUUUAGCUUGUGCCCUCUUUCCUUAAUGUGUACACCAACUGAAGGAAACACAUCAAACCAGAUGAUGUUCUCUUUGAAGUAUGUGCCAUGAAUUAGAAGGUGUGCGUUAUGGUCAAAAUAUUAACAUUGCCUACAGUGAAAUUACUAAAAUAAACGUAACCUAUAUUUACCCAGGGCUGAGAAAAUUGACAAUGGCCUCCCAGGUUAAAGAGUAAUUUAUAAACACUUAUUUAGAUUAUCCAUGAAUAAAGUAUACAAAGUAAAUAUAUUUCACGACUGUACACCUAUAUAUGUGUCGUAUAUACAAUAGAUUUUAUUUUAGAUCAUUAGCCAUUGUCUAUCUGCUUGUUUAAGACCUCCCCAUGCCAUCACCACCCCUAACAGUGCUGCCAUUUCUGCAAUCCUUUCCGAUUGCAGAACGAAUACAUAAUGAGGUUGCACUCAUUGCUCACAGCGUCCUUGCCACAAUACCCCUGCUGAUCUCAUGAACGAGCAUAACCCAUCACGCAAACUCCGGUCAUCCUCGCAGCAGCCUUUGGCUAAGCAUAGGAACAAAGACGGGCACUGCAUCGCACGCUUUCAGAUGCGCUUCUGCGGCCGUCUGGAAUGCUUUUCCUUCCGAUAUUAGGAAGCCACUGGAGCUAUGCACUUUUAAAUCUAUAUUUAAUUAAAUUUCUUUAGAACUGCUUUUUGUGUAUAAUUUGCUGUCCUUCCCCCGCACAUCCAAUUAUCACGGUUGGCUACUUACGGUGCGAAAGAGGUUCAACACGUAUAUACGCGCACUCUUUGAUGUGAGAUCAUCUUGAAGGGUCAACUCCAUCAGCCAUAAUCUAUAUGUUAUUUUGAUGUUUUCAGCUGGAAAUCCACUCCUGUUCUUAAUUGGUCGUCUUGAGUACACUUCCAGGUAGAUAUCACUGGAGGAUCAAGCAUGGUGCUGUAUUAUCAUUGCUCUUUAUGUAAUUGAUACGCAACGUUUUUCCUGGAGGAUAUUUUUGCGUCUCGGCUCUAUUUAAAUCAAUAAAUGAGGGAUAUUAACAACAUAUAAAACCACCUCAUUUCCCUGGACAUUGCCAAGAUAGUGGUGCAACGACAUGUCGGAAUAGUAUCUCAAAUAAGACUCGUGAAUGUGACAUUAUUGGUUGCAUAUUCGUUUCGCAAAUUGAGACAGCGCCCCAGUCGCUGACCGCAUUCACGAAUGUCGUUCAAGAUUGAGGAAGCAUCCAAAGGCACGAAGUUAAAUCAACGAGGCACCGUGACGUCCGCUCAGCGCGUCUCCUUGCACAGCUCCUUGCCAAAUUGUUGCAGCAGUCAAUGCCAAAAUACUUCUCGCUCAUUUCUCAAUUUCGUGUGCACAGCCAGGGAUUGAUUUCUCACAAACUUCUUUAUGGGUCUCUGGUAAACUGGAGUAGGCACGUGAUGAGUACCCUCAGCCAAAGCAAGCGGCAUACUGGAUGUGGUGUGCCGGGUGCAUAGAUAUGUUCAGUCUCACCGGCCCAGACCCAGCUGAAAUGAGUACUGCAGUAAGGUAGCAUGCAGGAAUGAUUUUGUAGCUCAGAUUCGAAGCCCCAUUUCGUUCAUCACCUCGCUUUUGUGUGCGGCGUGUGUGUUGUUGUCAGGCUCAAAUAAUGCACAAUGUGAUUCGACUGAAGUCCAUGUCAUGAAGCUCGUGUGUGUGUGUUACGGAGGGUGGGGUUGGGGAGAUUGCCCAACUGUUCAUCUCGCCUCCCUUCCCCCAGAGCUGCUGACCCCCACCCUUGCUCUUCCCCUUGUUUAUAUCUCGUCCGACUAAAUCAUAACUACAAAAGAGGUGUAUGAUUACGACAGAACGCUUGUACCAGGGUAACAAAAUAUUACAAAUAUAUAGCAGGCACCCUAGAUGUUGGUUGGGUGACUCAUAAGGGUAGUCCAUGGCAGAUAACUCAACCAGCAUUGCUGAAGUUCUUUGUUAAAAUCCAGGUAGCCACCAAUGCCAAAAUCAGGCUCUCAAGUAUAGCAAAGUUGAUCAUCUCAAGCUGGUUACCAAAGGCUGUACAAAAAAACAUCUACAACCUUGGGUUGUCACUUCAAUCAACCUAGCCCAACAAGAGGGCUAACACGUAUACACAUAUCAACGGUGGUGAACUCUUUACAGAGCGUGCAGAUGGAUCACUAUUUCGUGGCUCGUAAAAGACACUGACCAAUUAAAUCUGUGGUGACAUUCUGCAAGGCCAGUAAGCGAUUAUGUGACGCUCAGUUAAGUUUAGACAUUCCGGAUGUUUCAUUGCCUGCUGGCGUUGCUCGCACAGGAGAAUCAUUUUUUUUAAAGAGUGCGCGUAUUCUUGCAAUUCCAAGAUUAUCUGGUGUGAAGUACUAUCGUGUGAUGUAUCUACAAUAGUGGGACCGUACAAUAUAUAUUGAUAUUGUGAAUCCCUGCCACCAUGGCAUCUGUCAACCUCACCAAAAUCUGAAACGUAAAGGAUUGCUCAAAACGAUAUGUCUACAUCACGUAUUAGUAUGUUUAGUAACAGUUCAUUUGUGAUGUUUGCUUGUUGUGGUACAGUAUAAUGCAGCAACACAAAAGGUGAAUAAUAAAAAUCUGAUUACUGGCAAUCCGGAAGCCAUGGUGGCUCACUCGCGAGUAAUCCGUUAACUCGUAGAUUUUGAGACAUUCCACGCAAUUGCCAACUUUAUUACGGGCAGGGCACGAAUUGCCAAUGUUUCUAUUGUAAUUGAAUUGCAAAACCAGUAGGCACUGCGACGUCCAUACUUUCUAACUCGGCUUAAGCACAGCGCAGGAAAUGCUACUUAACAUCGGUGGGGAAUUUUGCGCCACAGAUGUCAUCGAAUCCAGUCUACAGCUGUGCCGCUGCUGUGGCGGCCUGCAGAGUCGAGUGGCUGGGAUUUGCACGCAGUUCGGGUGUGCCUCCCUGUGGCUUCAGUAAAUAACGUUGUUAGCCCAAGGCCUUAUGUUAGCGGUGGCAUCUACAAUGUUUUUGUACGCUGCAUUUGUCCCACUGAGUGAAGGGUCUGCUCUACAUUUAAGCCACAGCAUGCACUGGUGUGCGUGGUUAUUGCUUUGUGAUAAUGGCACAAAAAAUGUCUCGCAUUGUGGGACUAUUUUGAAGAAGAAAAAAAACCCAUCUUUUGAGAUGUGUGCUUUGAUAUCGAAAAA